UCCUGGCACCAGCUGUCAGUUUGUGUUUGAUUUUCCGUCAACGUGGACGCGAAUUUCAGCCAGUCGCUAAGCAGCAAUCAAACAGAUACAGGCAGAUAGAAUAUUGUUUUUACCAAUCUUUCUGUGGACCAUUUGGAUUUGUCUACACCCCAGUGAAAGCGGGGGGGACCAACUUUGGUGCCAUCGGAAUCGACUACACGAAACAAGGCCGCGCUGUGGAUGUCAGUUCUGGAUUCAGUGUUGGGCAUGCAUGAAUAUAGAUUGACGAACCUGCCCCGAGUGCUUCAUUUUUGAGGUGUUGAAAAAUAAUUUGAAUUUAGAGAGGUCCCGAUUUCGGUGCGCAAAGAAGCAGGUUCGCUCGGGUGGACUCGAGUGCGUGAAAAUUGUUUUUCGUUUGUUUACUGCUUACCUUCUUCCAUAUCGACUGUGAGUGUGUGUGUGUGUGUGUUCGUCAAGAAGUGGUGGCACAAAAAGGUUCCGAGAAGAAAUUUGUUUUGAUUGAAGGUGAUUUCAAGUGGCUGAAGCUGUUUUUGCAAUUUGAUGUACGAGUACAAUUUGGUCGCCGGAGGGGAGUGAUGUGAAAGUGUGACGUAAAAUAGCAGAGAAAUGGCCAAAGAGUAAGGAGGGCUUAUAAAUUUGUAUCAGAAUCGUGAAAGGCAGAAGGUUACGUAAAUAAGCGAGCAAUUUACAUUUGUGUUCGGUGGGGUCGAGCGGCCUAGUGGAGAGACGGCGACCGGAGCGAACACCGGUGGAAACGGAAAAUAAUAUUACAAUAAGGAUUAAGUGAUUAAGAAAAGUGCUUUCGUUUCUCCCUUCGGGCGCACCACAGCAAAGUGGGCGAAUUAGGCAGAGCUCUGCGUUUGAGAGGUUCAAUUUCGUGUUUACCGUUUAAGCUGUACACUUUUUCCUGUGUGAAAGAAACCGUGCUAUUUGCAUUUACCGUUCGAGUGAUUCUCCUUCCACCCUUCCGACGUGAAGACGAAAAGAAACAGCAGAAAUUUAUUACAUGUUUACAGCCUCAACCGGCCCCUAGCUCCGUUUUCGCGUGAUUGUGUUGUGACUUUUCCGCCGCGCAGAAAUUAACCAGUGGUGAGCUGGAUUGAUAAGGACAAAAACCAACAACAGAGGAUUUGCACAAUAUCUAAGAAUACAGUUUGUGACGAGAAUCGAACGCUGGGACAAGGUUUUCGUUUCCCAAAAAAAAAAAAGAAACAAAAAUAAAAAACCAUUUCCAGUAGGAAUCUUGGGUGCUUUGAAAAACAAAAAUAAAAAGCCUCGUAAAGCGCUGAAACAGCUUCUACUGCCAAAGAUAACAUCACGGUGAAGCUUUUCUCGGAGUAGGCGCUUUCCUCCCGCAUCGCUAUUUUGGCGUUCUUGGAAGCGACUCAGACUUAGGUCUCGGAAGUGACCUCGGAAGGCUGCACCCGUACGGCCACUGGUGUGGACAGAUGGUGGAGGGUAGUGAACGAGCUGAUAUGUGAAUACUCCUGCAACAGCGUCGAACCGCAGCCCGGAUUGCCACAAAUUCAUGUAUGAACGCCGGGAAACACGCUAUGCAUGGCAGUGGCGAAAAUAAGGAUGAAAAAUUUAUGGAAAAAGUGUUGCAAGCGGAAAGUGUCGAGUGCUGUUCAUGAAUAAUUGCGCCCUCGCCCUGAAAUCGUACCGUUCUCGAUGGUUUCUAGCCUUUUAACUUGCGCAUCACAGGGAUCGGAUUCGCGGUGGUUAUGAAUGCGAAACAAAAAAAUUUAAAAGAUUUUGCGUAACAAAUUUCUGUUCUGUUCUCGCAACCGCUGGUAGAUUUUCUUUUCUUUUUGGCAGCAACUCCGAAAGAUUUCCUAACGUGGUAAAAUCGAUUUCUGAUAAUGUUGGCUGAUGUUGAAAGGCUCGUAGUAACUCGUACACAAAAACUGAGGUAAAAUAAGGCCAUUAGUCAGAUGGUGGUUUGAAUAUAAAAAAAGCUACCGGAGCGUUAAACUACGAAAAGUAUUCGAAGCGAGACAGAAACGCGGGUGGAAUCACCAUAAACGGGAGAUCAUAAAUUAGGGGCAAACAUUGGCAUUUCAGGGGGGAGUUGCAAAAACUUUCUCAGACAGGUUAAAACCGAAAUCCGCUCACCAUAAAUUAUCGAUUCCGAUAAACAGAUCAUAACCAUCGAAAUGAAACUGAAGCGAAUGGGUAAUAUGGAAAUUUACGGCUGUGAUCGACCAAGCAGCGGGGAAAACAUUCCUCAUGCCCAUAGCCAAGGAGAUGCAUUGACCAGCGAGAGCCAUAGCGAUAAUGGCGAUUGUUUGUCCGAUGGACAGCAGUGCCGGCUUAGCUGCACCAUCGGUGAAACAAGCAGUUUUAGCGUUAGAACACAUACCAGCUCCAGACCGCGCUCGAACGAGGUCAGCCGCAGUGGUGCAACAGAGUUUGGCUACCCCAGUGAGGCCGAUAUGGAUGCGGACGAAAGUAAUGGCGAUGAUACAAGUAGUCAGAGCACACAUUCGCCCACAAUCGCCACUGCCAGCAGCUUAGCACCGAUCCCGAGCAGUGGGAGGAGGACCUGCAGAAAAAUACGAUCCCAUCUGCACCUGUUGACGUUUAUCACCGUGCUGCUGCUGACACAAUUGAUUGUAAAUAUUAGUAUAGGUGAAGCAGCCAGCCAGAUAUUGAACAAAGCGGAGCCCCUUUUCAUCACCCGGUCGGAAGCGUUCAAAUUUGCCGUCGGUGACACCAUCACGUUGCCCUGCGAGGUAUCUUCACCAGGUUCGUAUGUGUUGGCCUGGAAGCGUGGCAUCGCGAUUCUGACCGCCGGAUCGGUGAAGGUGACACCCGACCCACGGGUGCGACUAGUCAACGGGUACACGCUGCAGAUACUGGAUGCAGUCGCGCAGGACGCCGGGGACUACAUCUGCCAGAUCGCGACGAUGAAUCCACGCGAGAUUACUCAUCACGUGGAAAUACUAGUUCCGCCCAAGAUCACCCACGUGACGUCCGGUGGCCACCUGCAGGUGCGGAAGGGUUCACCAGUGAGGCUGGAGUGCUCAGCAACGGGUAAUCCAAUGCCAAACAUCACGUGGACCCGGAAGAACAAUCUGCUGCCGAACGGAGAGGAACAGUUUACGUCGUCUGUUUACGUCAUCGAGAAUAUGGACAGACACAAAGGUGGCACUUACAUCUGCACGGCUAACAAUGGAGUUGGACAGGUGGCCACAAGUCAAAUUAUUUUGCAUGUGUUGUAUCCACCUGAGAUAAGUGUCGAGAACCCAAUUGUGUACUCAGGCGAGGGCCAAGAAGCGAUGCUCGUUUGCAUUGUGCACGGCGAAUCGCAACCGGAAAAGGUACUGUGGCACAAGGAUACGAUGCAAAUUGAUCAGACGGAACGACAUGUGAUAGAGAAUCGUGGGGCUCGGCAUACGCUCAUCAUCCGGAAGGUGCACCCGCAGGACUUUGGUAACUACAGCUGCAUAGCGGACAAUCAGCUGGGUAAGACGCGGAAAACAGUGACACUGACCGGGAAACCGAAGGCUGCCGUUUUCCGCUCGAUGCCGAACAGCCAGUGGAAGGAUCGGUACAACAUCUCGUGGAUCGUGGACUCGCACUCGCCAAUCGAGGAGUAUAAACUGUACUAUCGACUGGUGGACGGAGAUCUCAUGCAGAACCACGACGGGAUCUAUGUGGAUGGAAGGAAGUCGCACCACACGUACAUGAGCGGAAAUCAGAUGCUGGAGUACGACCGGAAGAUAACCUCGUUCGAUGCCUACUCGUACAACAACGCGUACAACGGUCACAAUGUGCACCACAAGUGGUCCAAGACGGACUGGCGGGACGUGGUGCUGCCGGCGUUCCCGUACUCUCACCACUACACCCAGGGCACGAGCUAUCUGCUGCGUGGUCUCGAGUCGGAUCAGCAGUACGAAGCCCGAGUGCAAUCGAGGAACCGCUACGGAUGGAGUGAUUUCUCCGAAAGUUUUUUAUUCACCACGUCAAACACAGAUACCGAAAUUCGUGAUCUGAGCGUAACGCAUCGCGGCUCCAACGGAUGCCGUCCAGGACACCGGAAUAAUCAAUCCACCUGGAUCAUCUCGCUCGUUCUCUGCUGGGUGUUGGCCACCACUACGCAUCGGCUCAAAUUUUGAAGGCGAUUAUCAGUCAUGUAAGCGGAUACUAAGUUACGAUCAGCAAUCCACAUUCACGAAAAAUACACACACAUUCUCUGGAAACAAACAUUCAAUUUACAGGGAGUGUAAGGAUUAAGUUUCAAUCAUUGCAUUCGAAUUACAAAUUCCGAUUAAACAAAGCUCCAAUGUGUAGUGGAGCAUCUGUGUAUCAUUUGCAUUUUCGUUGUCAAAUGGUUAUUAAUCUGUAAUUUGAUUAACCGGCGGUAUAUUUAACGCACUCAGCUGGAAGGGGGAAUCAUCCCGGCUUACGUUGACGAAUCUCGUUACGUUUCGUUUGAACGGAGCAUUAUGAAUAGCAACAGAAAUGAUGCAACCAAAAAGACUAUUUUUGAUAUGAAGCCAGGAAAGAAAAUAAUUUUAAAAAAACCUAUAAAUAAAUAACGAGACAAAAAUGUUCGAUAAGCGAGAGGGGCGAUUAAGUUAAUUUAUUUUUAAUUAAAUUUAAAUUGCCGGGAUGGUUGAAACCUCCUCUUGUUAUGUAUUUUCAGUUUGCUUUAUUAUUAUCGUUGUUAUUUUUUCAUUGCUCCGUGCCAAUAAAGAGAGACCCCCUCAAUUUGGGAGCUAAUGGAAAAUACCACAUGAAAAGCGCGAAAAUGUGCGGUCGUCAGCACGAGAUACUGGAGGUUCCGCAACCAAAGAGAAUUACUCGGUGGUAUUAAAAACAAUUCAAACAAAAAGAAGCGGAACAUGUGGUCAGCUAUUUCGCUCGGGAUCGAAAUGGCAAAAACUUGAUAAUUCAUUGAAAAUUAAUUUGGAUCUGUCAUAGGCUGACAGAGAGGGGCGAUCUGCUGCGGUACGAAGAAAAGGAUAACAUCAGUUCGUUUUCCAAUGUGUCAUGUGAGAUUAUCGUUGUCGGGAGGAGAUAAUUGAUGAAAUAUAACCUUUUCUUGUGUAACGGAUCACGUCUAUUAGCAAAACUUCCUUUUUCACUAUAAUUACAUACAUUUGCAAUAAAAUGGCACACGUGUGGAUUUUUUUUU